GGUAACUGAUGAGAGAGAGUGUGUGUGAGAGAAGAGGAGAUGUUGACUUGGCUUUGUCGAGAAGGCAAAAGGGUCAAGAGUGAACACUAACUCACCACCAAAGAAUUCUCAAUCUUCAUCAUGGCGGAGAUUCAUCUCCCAGAUCCGGGUAAUGCACAAGUUAAACAAGAUACUAAGGAUGAGAAGUUGUGUAAAGAGAUACUCAACGUUCUGAGAAAAGAUGGGUCUCAAAGAGUUUUACUGGCUGGUAGAGCUGGAAUCGGGAAGACGAGGCUAGCCAAGAAGGUAGGCGAGUACGCAAGCAUCUACAGAUACGACGAGAACGCCACUAACAAUGGCUAUUGCUUUUUGACCCUCUGCUUGCAUCUCAACAACAAGUUCGAGGAGGAGGACAAGUUGUCACUUUAUGAGAACAUAGCUUCUCAGUUAUCUGUUCACUCUGACUUUGAAGAGACUGAAGUUGAUGAUAGAGAUGAGGAUGAGGAGGAAGAGAAGAAGCCGAAAGACUUGUUGGAUGAACUGAAGAAGAAGAUAAUCACUGAGAUAGCAAAGAGGGAGGUGGCGGCUGCAGAAAAAGAAGCUAAGGUGGCUGCGCCAAGAGCUACCAAGAAGGCGGGCCCGGAAAACACAAAGAAAAAAGACGAGUCGGCUGAGAAGAAAGCAAAGGAGCUGGCUGAGGAAAAAGCAAAGAAGGAGAGAUAUCUUCUGUUGAUUCUUGAUGAUGAAGGAAGCAUGACCAAUGAAGACGUGGUGAUGAAGGAUUUGAAGCUUGAGAGGUUUCUCAUAGAUGAGAUUCUUAAAAAAGAUGACACACGUCUAAAAAUUCUUAUUACAAGACGAAAAGAAGAAGAGGAGCCUGUUACGAAUACUGAUGUGGCAACAACAGACACAAAAGAAAAUGGGUCACAAUCCGGGGAAGAAGAUGACAAAACAACUGAUGAUGCAACAGACACAAAGGGAACUGGGUCACAAUCCGGGGAAGAUGAGGUGAAAAAUGACGAUGAUAGUGCCUCAAAUGUGGGAAUUAAGGAAAAUGGGUCACAGUCCGGGGAAGAUGAGGUGAACAGUGACAAUGAUAGGGCCUCACAUGUGGGGGCUGUUUCAGAGGACAAGAUAACCGAAGAGGGAACUGAGACCCCAGCCAUGGACAAAGCAAAGGUUCAGAAGGUUGAUGAGGAAAGUGUCCCUAAAACUGACUUGCAGGCAACUACAAAGCCUUGUGAUGAAACCGAUAUGUCAAAGGCUUUGCUUGACUCAAUCACUAAGUCUAGCGUGGCGGAUUUAUUUGUGUCUACCGUCACUGCAGAGUGGAUACCUGAUAUGGAAACGGUAUCUAACAUGGUGGAUAAAAGCAAGAACUCGCCUGCUGCAGUUGCCGUGCUAGCCAAUUCCCUCAAGCAGAUUACUCUGAGCACUAACAAACCAGGAAAAGAAGAGAUAGAAAAACUGAUAGAGAAAGUUCUUUCAUCUGAGAGCCCUAUCAAUCCACUUCUGUGUCUUGCAUAUGAGCUACUGGAAAUUGGGUUCCCGUUGAAAGAAGCCAUUUUAGACUGUUUUUGGCAGAGCUUGGACUUCUUUGAGCACUGUGGCUGUGUUUACUACCGUGACCUGAUCACACAAUGGAUACUUGAAGGCUACUUUGAUCCUGUUAGGUCUGUCGAAAAGGCUUACCAGGAUGGUCAUUUAAUCUUGAUGGAGCUUAUAAACCGUGGAAUGCUGAAGAUACAAGAAAACAAUGUAGUGGUACCAGAAAGGUCGAUGAGCACUUUGAUUGAUCCUCGACGACGUGGGCUUCUUGGGAGAUCACGGCUUAGAUUCUCUAGAGUCUAUUGUGGUGACAAGAAAAAAGGUAUAGGGAAAAUCACACAGAUAGAUGAUAUGAUUAAAACAGUGCAGGCAAAGAAAAGAGACAAGGUUUCCACCGUUCUGGUUAGUGGAGACCGUCUGCGUCGUGAAACUCCUGGAAAGUAUUUCAAGAAGCUGAGUGAUCUUGAAGUACUUGGCCUGUUCGAACCCACACUGGAACCUUUUGUGUCGGCUUUUUCAAGUCUUCACAAACUCCGGGUUCUUGUAAUCAGGGACUGUGAUUUACUGACAGAUAUUGAAGAGCUUAAGGCUCUUAACGAGCUGCAUGCCCUUGAAGUUUCUGGUGCUAGCUCCCUGAAGAAAAUCUCUGAUGAUUUCUUUAAGGAAUUGUCUAAACUUCAAAGUUUGCACCUGUCCGGGCUUCAGAUCACAACUUCUCCUUCCAGCAUUUCUAAUCUGAAAGAACUUCACUGCCUCAUCAUUAAGGACUGCCCUUUACUGGAAGAUUUGCCAGAUAUACAGGAACUUGUAAAGCUUGAGGUUGUUGAUGUUUCUGGUGCUCGUGGGCUUCAGACUUGUUUCGACAACACAAAAGGCGAAAAGAAAAACAAAAGCAAAAACAAAAACUUCUAUCAUCUUACAAGCCUCCAACUCCUUGACUUCUCUGAGAGCCAAAUAGAGCGCCUACCAUUAUUCCAGGACUCUGCCGUAGGCGACAAGCUUCACUCCGUUAAACGGCUCUUGUUGCGUGACUGUAGCAAGUUGAGAAGGUUGCCUAGCUUGAAGCCCUUGUCAGGUCUGCAAAUUCUUGAUCUUUCUGGCACUACAAGCUUGGUGGAGAUGCUUGAAGUGUGCUUUGAAGAUAAGAAGGAACUCAAAACUCUUAAUCUCUCGGGAACCAAUCUUAACGAGUUGGCGACAACCAUUGAGGAGCUGUCCAAUCUCAACAAACUACUCCUAAAGGAUUGCACCAACCUAGAAGUUCUCCCAAACAUAAAAAAGCUCACAAAGCUCGAGGUUAUUGACGUUUCCGGAUGUACUAAGUUGCAUACGAUUGAGGGGUCAUUUGAGGACAUGUCCCACUUAUGUGAAGUGAAUCUCUCUGGAACCAAAGUGGAGACACCAGAGUUGCCAAAAAAAACAGAAAUCAGUUGUCCAAAGCGUAUUAUUCUGGCAGAUGGAACACAUUUUGAAGGUGAGGAAUGGAGCAAGAUUAAGGAUGACAUUGAAAGUAAAAGAUCUGACGUGGCCAGCUCCUCCAACUCAGUUGUUAAAUCCAAAGAAAUCUCAGGAAAGGAGUCUGAAGAAAUAAGAGAGGAGAUUCAGCAGAACAAAGCUCCGGCCAGUGAUAGUACCGAGAAAAGAGAUGUCAUCAAGGAACGUCUCCACCAUGUCCCCAUUCAGAGGGGGAUAUAUAAGGAUAUACUAUCACGUUUUGAUUCCGCAAGUCAGCAGGAAGUCAUGAAUGACCUACAAGGAGAACCCCCAGUGAGUGUUGAGUUUGUGUCUUUUGUGGACAUUAACUCAACAAAGCUCAAAUCGUUCUUUAACGAGACCAAAUCGGUGAAGAGUUGUUCACUACGUAUGUGCACGGAUAUAAUAGACCUAUUCUCUGAAGUGGAUGGGGAAAGUUUGGGAUCACUGGAGACUUUGUCGAUAUCAAACUUUCCAUUGUUAGAGACUAUCUGCUGGGGUGGUAACUUCAAGAAUCUGAAGAAGCUAAGCAUAGAUUGCUGCCCGAAAAUCAAAACGGUUUUCCCAGAUGCAUCACAGAUGCCUAGCAGCCUAGAGGAGCUAAACAUUAAUUAUUGUGAGAAGCUCGAGAAAGUUGUUGAAGGAGUCGAACUGUUAAGUAGCCUGAAACUGCAAGUGAAGAAUUGCCCAAAGUUACCGGAAACUUCAGAAGGCACGGGCUGGGUUAUGGUAGAGCGCCCUGAAAUAUCACCACAAGAGUGAAAGAUCACAGAAGUGAUGGAGCAACAUGAUCUACUUGCUUUGCACUAAGCAUCUGGAUCGUUGUUGCAAGUAAUGAUUUACGUACUUUUUCUGCGACUAUCUGAAUAACGACCGGCUUUGAGACAUCAUCUUACCGGCCUUUGUCUGUUUAUCUUGUAACAUAUUUUCUGCAAUAGAAUCACAUGCAUGGUGUUUUCUUUUGUCUGGAUGAACAAGACCUUUGCUUUGAUUGUUUUGCUUUCUCAGACACUAUAAUAACAGUCCUGUUUUAAAGACAGAUUACGCUAAGCAUUUGAUUACAUAAAUAGGAAUGUUUAUUUAUACAGUGUCAGAGACACAGAUACACAAGCUCUAAUGAAGUUACAAUGGCUCCCGCCCUUAAUGAAAGAGGAGAAGCAAGGGAUGGUAUGACAUUAUUUGGUGAUGUCUAUGGCUGUGAUCUCCAGACUCCAUUACCAUCCGUUGGACAGAAUGCAACUUCCGGACAUUUAUAUUUCUCCAACAGUUUCAGUUGUGGAAACAACUCCUGCAAAUCUUUCCACUCAGCCUUGAAUUUAUACAGGAGGUUCCUUAUUAGGGUAACAUUCUAGCUCCAACUUCGUCAAGCUAGAAGGAAGCUUAGGGGUAUCUGUUCCCGAAUCUUCUUGCCCUCUCUUGGCUUCGGUUUUCGUCCUAGUGAACAAUCCUGCUAUUCUUGAUCCAGAUUCCUUGGUAGCUGAUUUCUUCUGGACGGGAGCUUUGGGUUCUUCUGAAAAGCUUACUUUCUUAUUAAGCUUGUUCUUGUCUAACUUCUGAGUAUUUGCUUCUUCUCCUUCAUGCUUCUUUAAAGCACCCUUGAUCUUUUCUCCAUCUCCUGUAUCCUGCACUUUGCUAUUUUCUUUGUUAUCAUCUGGCUUGCUCUGGAUCGUGUCUUUGGAUUGUUGCGCUGGACUUGUCUUCUUAUCUACCUUGCCUGGUUUCGAGUUCUCUGCAUUUACAUCAUCUUUCUUCUUUACUUCUUCUAUGUUAUCCUUUUCCCCUUCUCUUUUCUCUUCUUGUAUCUCACCUCUUUGGUCAUCAUCUGGCUUGCUCUGGAACGUGUCUUUGGAUUCUUGCUGUGGACUUGUCUUCUUAUCUCCUUCGAGUACCUUGUCUGGUUUUGCGCUCAUUGCUUUCACCUCAUCUUUUUUCUUACCUUCUUCUCUUUUAUCCUUUUCUUCGUCUCUUUUCUCUUCUUGUUUGUCAUCUGGCCUGCUUGUAACAGUGUCUUUGGAUUCUUGUGGUGGACUUGUCUUCUUAUCUACCUUGUCGGGUUCCGAGUUGUCUGCUUUUACCUCAUCUUUCUUCUCUCCCUCUGUUUUAUCUCCCUCUCUUUUCUCUUGUUGUUUGUCACCUGUUUGGUGAUCCUCUAGCUUGCUCUUGACAGUGUCUUUGGAUUCUUGUGGUGGACUUGUCUUCUUAUCUACCUUUUCUGGUUCGGAGUUGUCUGCUUUUACCUCAUCUUUCUUCUCUCCCUCUGUUUUAUCCUUUUCUUCCUCUCUUUUCUUUUCUUGUUUGUCACCUGUUUGGUGAUCCUCUAGCUUGCUCGUGUCUUUGGAUUCUUGUGGUGGACUUGUCUUCUUAUCUCCCUCGAUAACCUUGUCUGGUUUUGAGCUGACUUUUUUCACCUCAUCUUUCUUCUUACCUUCUUCUGAAUUAACCUUCUCCUUUUCUCCACCUCCUUUCUCUUCUUGUUUGUCAUCUGUUUUCUUGUUUGUUGAUUCCGAGGAUGGACGCGCCUUUUUAACUCCUUCAACACCAUCUUCUGAUCUUGAUUUCUCUGCGUCUACCUUAUCUUGCUUCUUUCCUUCUUCUGUAGUAACCUUCCCCUUAUCUCCUUCUCUUGCCACUUUACUUUUCCCUUCCUCUUUAUUUGCAUUCCCUUUGUCUCCCUCAACGACUUUAUCAGACUCUAACCUCUCUGCAUUAACCUCAUGGCUCUUCUUUUCUUCCUCUUCUAGAUUAUCUUUCUUAUUUCCAUCUUUCUUUUCCUCGUUUGUCUGUCCUUUCAAAUGCACUUGAUCAUCUUCUCUUUCCUUUGUAUCUUUAUGCUUCUCCUGUGUUGCAUGACCUUGUUGUUUCUGAGUCUCUGUUUCAUCAGUUUCUUCCGUCUUUUCUCCUUUUUCUCCUUCAUUCUGGAAUCGAGCUCCCCAUGCUAUUUUCAGGCUCUCAAGUUCCUGGAGGUCUUUCAACGACUCCAUGAAAUCUUCCACCUUGAAUUCAUAUCUGUUUACAGUAAUGCUUAGCUUCCUUAGAUUCUUAAGGUACUUAACUGCACAGUCUUUUUCAUCAUCGGACUGACUAAUCACAAAGCCCUUAAGAACUUGUAGUGCCGUAAGACGUGAAAUCUCUUUAGGCAUGCGAUCUAGCAUAUAGCACUCUGACACAUCCAAGUAUAUCAGACUCACAAGCGAGCCUAUGUCUUUCGGAAGACCCUCUAGAUUGUAGCAUGCUCUAAGAUCCAAUAUGACUAGCUUUGGCAGCGAGCAAUUGAGUUCUUUGAGGUUUUCAAUCCUCGAGAUCCCUUGAAAACUCGCGAGUCUGAGAUUCUUCAAUGACUUCAUAUCCUUGAGAAACUCUGUGCUCUCGACUUCAAUGUGACGCUUAGCAGUACGUUCCCAUCUUCCUAGAUAAAGCACCUUAAGUGCUUCCAUCCCUGGAAACCACUUGAAUGUGAAAUCAGGGUACCGUUCAGAGGAAUUGAAAACCGAGUUCAAAUCUUUGAUCUGUGGCAUUUUAGAUGCUUUAGCCUCUGGUUGCAACGACGAACGUUUUACUAAGCAGACGUUAUUCUUCUCUGAACGUUGCAUCGUAAGCUUCUUUUCGGAAUAGAGCUUAAAUAGUUCCAUACGAUCGGCUAGCUUGAUAACUGCGGCGUGCACAUGAGGUUCCAUCUUAUAGCCACUUGGUUUUAGUUUCCUC